AUGCCGCCUCCUCCGGAGCCCAUGCCCGGUUACGGGGAGCUGCUCCGCCGGGGUUACGGCAGCCUGGCCGCGGCCGCCCGCAGCUGCGGGGACUGCGGCUGGGAGCUGGCGCUGCGCACCUGGGCCGAGAACGCGCACCUGGGCUGGGCGGAGGUGCUGCUGUGCGGGCUCUGCGCGCUGGGCUGGACCGCGCUGCGCCGCGCCUGCUCCCGCCGCCUCUUUCGGCCCUUCGGGGAGUGGUGCAAGCUGCAGCCCAGAGAUGCUGCCAAGAUGCCCGAGAGCGCCUGGAAGUUGCUUUUCUACUCCUUGUCGUGGUCCUACGGCGCCUACCUGCUCUUCUGCACCGACUACCCCUUCUUCCACGACCCCCCCUCUGUCUUCUACGAUUCCAACCCUGCGAUGCUGCUGCACCACCUGGUCACCCUCACGCUGCUGGCCUCCUCCUACGCCUUCAGGUACCACAACGUGGGCGUGCUGGUGCUGUUCCUGCACGACGUCAACGACGUGCAGCUGGAGUUCACCAAGCUCAACGUGUACUUCAAGCACCGCGGCGGGGUCUACCACCGCCUCAACGACGUCGUCUCCAACAUCGGCUGCCUGGCCUUCAGCGUCAGCUGGUUCUGGUUCCGUCUCUACUGGUUCCCCCUCAAGGUGCUCUACGCCACCUGCCACUCCAGCCUGCAGUCCGUCCCCAACAUCCCCUUCUACUUCUUCUUCAACGCCCUGCUGCUGGUUCUCACCCUGAUGAACAUCUACUGGUUCCUGUACAUCGUGCUGUUCGUGGCCAAGGUGCUGCUGGGGCAGAUGCAGGAGGUGAACGAUGUCCGUGAGUACGACGUGGAGGAGAGCAGGAAACCCGGGAAGGAGGCUGGGAUCCAGCUGCCCCAGGCUCUGAAGGAAGGGCUGCACCUCAAGAACGGCCUCGUGAAGGACAAGAGGUUGUGAGGGCGGCGUGGCCACGGCUGCCAGGGCCUGGCACUGCCCAGGACCCUGCUCUGGGACCCUGCCAAGGACAGGCCCGAGGAGGACUUCACCCCUGCCCCCUGCCAGCCCUGCCCGGAGCCGGGGAGGACACGCCACUGCCAGGACAGGGCCCCUCGGGGCUGGGCUGUGCCCUGUCACCUGUCCCCUGGGGCUGGGGGCUCCCUGUGGCCCAGUUUGGCUGGGGGACUGGUGGCUGUGCUGGCCCAGGUGGGAUCAGGGGCUGGCUUUGUGUCCCUGGUGUUGCUCCGCGUUCUCAGCCCCGCUGUGACACCCCCUGGACCCUCCCUCUGAGCCCUCCCCAGCUCCAGCCUGGGCAGGGCAGCUCCUGUCCUGCCCCGGGAAGGGGACCCCGAGGCCA